AGACCCUGGAGGUGUUCGAUUCAGACCCCUGAACUGAACCUCCAAAGCUUCAAUGGUUCCCAUCACGUGAACCAUACUUGAUACUUUUGAAUUGUAUACAAUCAUACAAAAGAACAAGCCUGCAGCCGAACAUCAACGCAUUCGGGAUCAACAUCCACACUCCACAGAUUCCUCAAAUACCAAUCAAGACCCACAAACCCCCUCCAUUGCAACCAACAAUGCAGCCCUGCCGAAGAAGCACGCGCGUGAGGAGGGCUCCUAGCACCCUUGUACAACACCCUCCUCCUCCUCCUCCUCCUGCUGCUGCUCGUCCUCGUCCUCGUCCUCUGCCCAAGCUCUCUUUCAAAGAGAGACCCGAGCCAUGGCCUCCAAGGCAGUCUCAACUUCCGCCGGGCAUGGUAUACCACCCACCCGCACCCGUGCCCAAGGCAAAACCCCCACCAGCGCCCAAAGCAGCACCACAAGACUCUGUCUGGGGCGAUAGGCAAAGCAGCGAAGAAACACUCGCCGGCACCGACGAUACCGCUUCUGACACCACGCUGUCAGCACCGGGGAGUCCAAUCGCUCCGGACCAGUGGACUGCCUUCGAAAAUGUGGAGGACGAAGGGCGGGCCUUCGGCCCCAACACUCCCGCACAUAUGGUGCGGCUUUGGGAUCGGCGACGCAGGGAUGCGGAGAGGAUGGUUUGUCGGCGGGGCGAGCCGGAGUGUGAGUUCCCGGUCAGCGCGGUGAGGUCUACGAUACCUACUCGUAAUUGUAGCGAAAGACAAAGGAGAGUUGCGGUGGCGCGCAUGAAUAGUAGACGGAGAGUGUUGACGGUGCAGGAAAUGUGCUGUGGUUCAGAGUGAAUUCGAUUUUCAGUUGUAACAUUUCACGUGCAAGGGAAUGCGGUAGUAUUUUAAUAAUCAUGCCUACUGGUACUUCCUCGUAGUUCUUGUGCUCAGACACAAUGAUUCAUUGGGAAUUGAACACCUUGG